CCGAAGCCAAACCAGGAAACAAAAGACAGGGUAAAUCAGAGAAAGCGGGUAACUGAGCCGGUACCGUUUGUGUGGACCGGUGAAGCAGCGAGGAUUAAUAACGGGCUGUAAGUCUCGGAUCCGCCGACGCGAGAGACCGACCGUGGAGGAUCAGAAUGCCCCGCCGCUCCGCUAACUCCGACACGGCGCGUCGGUCUCCAGAGGACAGCUGCGGCACUGAUGAUGACGACUACACUCCGCUGUCGAAGCUUCCUGUGAAGUCACGCAGAAACAGGAAGGAUUCGUGUGACAACGGUGACGUGUCCCCCAACUCUGAACCAAGCAAAGCUUCUGAUGAUUCCUCGGACGACGAGCCGCUGAUAAAGAAGAAGAAAGUUUCCGCGGCAAAAAAACCCAAAAAGGAAACGAAAUCUCCCAAAUCCAGCAGCGGAAAACCCGCAAACACAGAUUCCAACUCCGACAACGAGCCUCUAAUGAAAACCACCAAAGCUGCUUCUAAAGCCACGAAGAAGCAAAGCUCAGAGACGCCUAAAAGGUCCGCCAAGAGGAAGAAGAAAGCGGCGACCCCGGAGAAGGACGACAGCUCCGAUGACGAACCUCUGAGCGAAACGGCCGAGAAGCUUCGGUCGAAGCGGAAAAGAAAAGCGUCCGGUGUUUCUCCUCGUAAAGCAGCAACUCCGACUCUCAAAUCCCAGAGGAACGCAGCCAAGGAGAGCGUGAAUUAUGCCGAGACGUCCAGCGAGCACAGCUCAGACGACGAGCAGCUGGUGGUGAUGAAGAAGGAGGCGAGAGCUUCGUCCAACAGAAAACCAGCUGGGAAAAGAUCCCUGAAGGAUGCCAGCUCAGAUGAAGACGACGUUCCUCUCGCAGACAUCGUCAGCAGGAAGAAAGCAGAGAGGAAAACGGGCAGAGCCACGAAAAAGACAAAAGAAACCAGCGACGGAAGCUCUGAGGAAGAACCGCUGGCUCGUCUGGUGAGGAAGACUCCCGCAAACCAGCGAAGAAGACCCAAACGGGAGGCGUCGACUCAGAAGAAGAAAACCACUCCUAAAAGGUCCAGAAAGAAGCCGGAGGCAGAUGAAUCGAGCCACGCUUCCGAAGACGAAUCUGCGAGCAGGAUGUGGGAACAUCCCGAGGUGACCAAACGGGUGCGGAUCGUACUGAAGAGGUGUGACGUCAAAGCCUCAACAGGAAGUCCGAAGAAGUCCAGUAACGGAGAACCGGCCAACGGGAACACCAACGGUUCCUCGGAUGAAGAGUAAAGUUCUAAUUCCUGGAAAUGGAUGAUCUGAAGUUCAUCACCGUCUUUUGUAGAGCUCCCACCAGGCCCGGAUUUCCAACCCAAGCCAGAAAUGACCCAGAAGACUUGAACCCCGACCCGGCCCGGCAGAACCCGAGUGUUUAUUUGUUUAUUCUAUUGAUUCCCGAUCAGCGCGGCGGCGUUUGACUCCCGUUGCAGGAUCGUUCCUCUUUCAGCCGUCAGCGAUGUUCUAAAUAAGAUCACCGACGACGCCAGAAAGGCUUCCUCCCUCCUCGUCGGGUUUAAGCCGGGAGUUCUGGUCUUUUAUAUUCCCAGUUUUAAUUCCGUUCUUAGCAGGAAUAGUUUUAGAUCCUAAAAGCUGUUUUUGUUUGUUUCCGUCUGUUGGUGUGAAACUGGUUUUUAUUUGCUGUGAGCAACUUUCUCUGCAUGUAGCUGUGAAGGUCUGUGAGUUUAACCUUUGUGACUGUGUUUAACCUGAAGUAAACAACACACCUGUCUGUAACACACACACACACACACACACACACGCACACACACACACACACACACACACACACACACACACACACACUCGCCAAAAUACGCAGAGGGAUUCAAAAGUUUUAAUAUUGGUAAUAAAGUUUUGGUAUCUUCUUGAAAAA